AUGAUAAUGAAGUUUUUAGACUACCGGGACAAGGUCCGCGUUGUGAAAGCAGCCAGGGCGAAAGGGAAAGUGCUCUACAAGAACCAGCAAGUGAUGUUCUUCCCCGAUCUCCCUACGGAAAUCCACAAACAGCAGAAGCGCUUCGACAGUGUCAAACUGUGUUUGGCCCACUCCUGUCCCUCGUGUCCUGUUGGCGGUCAGGCCCACUCCUGUCCCUCGUGUCCUGUCGGCGGUCAGGCCCACUCCUGUCCCUCGUGUCCUGUCGCCGAUCGUUUUGUGUCUUCGUCUGAGGAAAUCAAAGAAGAAGAAGAUAACUAUGUUAAUGUACCAGCCUGGACUGUGGAUAAAGUGGCAGCCCCUCCAGGCCAGAGGUCUCGCUUCUAUACUCAGUGUUUUCUACCGAUGGCAGUGUGUUGGCUGAUACUGUUAGUCAUCAUGGGCCUCCUUAUCUACUUUACUUCUUUCAUAUCUGUAAACAAUGCCAAGCUGACGGCAGAAAUCCAGCAGCUGGAGACACUGAUGCAGCAUCUGAAUUUAUCCAAAGACAACGAGACUCUACUGGCUGCCAUUCAGCACCUGACAAACCUCAACGACAAACUGAGCUCAGACAAUGAGAAGUUGAGGAGGGACUACGACGAUCUGACAGCAGUAAACCAGCAGCUGGAGACACAGAGGAACAACUUAGAACAAAUAGAAAACAUGGAGACAAACUGGAAUAAACACAACGUCAGUCGAGCUCAGUGGAGCAUUGAUGCCUACUGCCCCAAAACAAAUAACGGGAGACAGUGUAAAGCUUGUCAGGAGGGCUGGGAACUCACCGAGCCCAGCUGCUAUGAGGUUCAUGACGUUAAGUAUCCUGAUCGGAAAACCUGGGAAGCAGCUGAAGAAGACUGCAGAGGAAAGAAUUCACAUUUGGCUGUUUAUACUCAAGAGGAACAUGGCAUAAUCAGUAAAUACAGCUGGGAUAGUUCAGGAACUGAUGGAUACUGGAUUGGCCUGAGAGCUGAAGGUGGGAGAUGGAAGUGGGUUGAUGGAAGUGAUCUGACUGUAAGGGACUGGACACCACAACCUCCUCCUCCUGCUGAUGUCGUCUCCCGAAGUGGUGUGCGCGUGCUGACCCGACCUUCCUACUUUGAGGAGAGGGGGAACUAG